AUGGGCCGUGCGAAAGGCUCGGGCAACGCCGACGAGGACGAAGAGUCUCGCCCGGCUCACCCAUUGAGCGAUCAAGUGGCGCUCCGAGAUACACAAGCCGGAGCCGCAACGAUCCUCCCCAGGCCAAUGGCCACUGUGAUCUCCGGCGCAACAGGCAUUGCCUCGCUGAAUGUGCGGGCUGCCAUGAAAAUAGGCGGAUGGACAUUAUAUGCUUCUCGUGAAGCCACACUCAAAUCACUAUCUGUCGCUAGAAGCGCAGCAGAACAAGUGUUACUUUUGGCCGGCCGGGACGUUGCAUACAGAACAGAACCCGGCUCGUUAGGCCAUCUUGAAGCAGCAAAUACUCUCCAGUCUGCCAUCCAUCUUCUGCAUUCGGUCCUAUCCAAGGCAUCCUUCGUUGCAUCUUCCGGAUUCUAUCUGACCGAAGCCAUCAUGAAUUCUGCUUCUGGGGUUGCGAUCCAUGGACUUGCCGUCCUGAAUGCUCUGUUCGGCAACACAGAAACGUCGAAAGCCGUUGCAGCAGUAAUAACGCUACUCAGCACCGAGCUCAACCGACCACAAGGUGAGCAUGUGGCGUCGUACUGGGAUCUCUUCUCUGGACUCGUCGGUUUUGUGCUACUUCAGCGAUGGGGCCGCCGGAAAACCAUGCUCGACUUUCGCAACGAGGGUGGAGAGCAUACAAUAUGGGACACCGUCAUUGAUGAUCGCGGCUUCCGAGCGGAUGUCGUCGGGACCCGGCGUCAGGAGACGGUCACACUGCGCCCUGGACAUAACCAGCCUGCACAUUCCUUCGUUUCGCCUGCUGACGAUGACAACCCAGAGGCUGUCUUCGAAGCGCUAGAGCGCGGCACACUGUUCGAUGCUGGUCAGACGCUGGAGUUGACUGCUGAGGAUCAAGCUCGUCUAUCCGACCAGGAAUUGAGAGACCAGAUUGUCAGACAGCUCCCUCCGGGGGCAAGAGCAGUCGUGACCACCGAGACGUUCACCGCUAAGACGAUCAAAGUCGAGAUCUACGAUGCUGAUGCCACCAACAUUGAGGCACCUCCUGGAACGAUCAUGCCCGAGAUCUCCGACAACGACGAGGACACUGUCAUGAUGCGUGAUAUCUCGAAGCCAACCCCACCACCAAAGGACAGUAGUAGAGCCCUUCAAACUACCGAUAGCAGCUCAGGACAGAGCGACCGUCGGCAACGAACAAGUGUGCUGAAGAAACGCGAUCCAGUUGCCAACCAGAAGAAGAGCAGGAAGCCUGCCUUCAAUUUAUCGACGUCUACAGACGACACCACUCCAGCUGGUCCAUCUACCUCAAAACAUGUUCGGCAUAGCGUUCCAAUAGACAAGCAAGACAAGGAAGGUAAAAUCCGCAAAGCAAUGAGGAACCUCAGUCCCACUUCCUCGUUCGCAGCAAUUCGCGACGCACCAAGCCUGCUCCCACGGCGACGGUCUGCUGAACCAAAACAGCUGCCGACGCUUGCGAGGCUGACCACGAUCGGAAACGACGCCGGUCAGCCUAGAGUGUACCCGCCGAUCCAGGGCAUGAGUGCACACAGCAGUGGCCCGACUCCCUUCGGUAGUCCAGGUCAGGUCGCCUCACCUGGUCAAAUUGCAGCUAGUAGCUACUUCGUGCGAGAGACCAGGCGGAACUCGAUUGUGUCGCAGACUGACACGUACUCGAUACACUCCGGGGGUGAUAGUCGAGCUGGGUCCCGAGCGGCUUCACCAACAUUCUCUCGAACGCACUCUCGGACCGUGAACAGCAUAUCCCACAGCCAAUCAGAAACGGGCGCCUCAUUGAGAGCAUCAGAUGGCCACAGCACCGUCCACCAUCAGCGGACAAGGUCGUUUCAGCCCAGCUUGUACUCGAUGGGCAGCAAGCAUUCUGGCGAAGCCGUUGUUCUAGCUCCCAAAAUGCCAGUACCUAGAAAGUCGAUCUAUGAGGACUCGAAUGUGGUAGAUGCCUUGGUUCGCGACGGUAAAGUGCCAGGCACGUUCCCUGAUCAACAUCUUGUCCGAAGCAUUCGGCGAUUUGCUCGUUUCGCAACGGCUUCUUAUGGAUCAGGUUUUCUACACGUCAUGGGUCUGAACAAUGUAGGAGAGAAUCUGAGCAAGUCAACCGAUCUAGUCACUAUGGACGUGCACCAGGAACACAGCUCGUUCUCCGAGCACACCGGGCUACCAGCAAGUACCAUAAUCCUCUCGUCAUUCUAUGACCCCCAGGGCGUCAUCAACAGCACCGAAUGGUCCUCCGCGGCCAUCUCGCCUCUCAUACACUUCGUGUCACUCGACGAGAAGUCCAAAGCAGUCGUACUAAGCGUCCGUGGAACCCUCGGCUUCGAAGAGUCUUGA